AUGAUUUGGUUUGUUCGAGACCAGGCAGGGGAACUGCAUAGAGACAGCCACUAUCCUGGGUUCCGAAGAUUACUCUUACCACCGUUCAUUUUUCUAAAUAAUUCAAAGUCACAUCCUCCGCUUCCCAUCAGAAAUCAUACUUUGAGAUCAAUCAAUAUGCGAUCCUCCUCGAUUGCUUCUGAAACACCUUCCAGACCAACUAGUACUCGUACCAGAAAUCCGGUCAUCCACCCAGGAAUGGUAUCACCAUCAAUUGAUAGUCGACGCCGGCUUUCUAUUACUUCGGACCAAGUUCAACCUCAAUCCUCAAGAAACAAACGUAAAUCAGCUGCUAACAAAUCUGUGGAUCAAUCCGAUAACGCUUCCGACUCCUCGGUAGUCUGUUUGAAGCCUGCCUGUACCAAGAAGAAGAAGUCUAGCUCCCAACAAACAAAGAAUAAAGGACCCUCACAAGGCCAGCACAUUGAUACUAAUGUCACGAGAUCGAUGUUACGUGCUGAUUCCAAAGAAGACGAAGUUGUUGUCACGACUCGCAAAAGACACAAGCCAGACGCAGAGUCAGCAGACAGUACUGACGAGUUGGCUCAACUGAAGGCCUACUUCUUACCUCCGACACACUGA